AUGGAAGAAGACUCAAAGAAAAAAGAACAACUUAAAUUUCCUAACUUUCUUCAAAGAUACACUACUCAGUAUUAUGUCCCUAAUAUCGAUGACCACCAGUACUAUGACCAAUAUAUGUUUGAUCAUUCUAAUGGAUUAGUUAUUAUGGGUAUUGCUCAAUGCCAUCCUGCAUGUAAGGCAAAAGAAAUAUCUAUUCAAAUUGUUGUUGACCAAGGGAAUAAUAGGCCUGUUAAAGGAAAACAUAAAACCAAUGCAAUUAAACUUAAAUCAAAAACAGUUAUUGUAAAAAUUAUUGCUGAUAAUGUUGAAUAUCCAAUUUAUGCAGGGUGUAGUGGUAAAUUGAUUGAACUUAAUGAAGAACUUCUUAAGGAUCCAUCAUUAAUAAAAAAAGAGUCAGAAGGAAAAGGGUUUAUUGCUAUUAUUCAAAGAUCUACUACUGGUAAAGUUGAUGAAAUCAAAGCAAUGAAUUUAAAAGAUUAUUGCGAGUUAAGAAAUAUAGAAGUACCAAAAUAUAUUCCAUUACCAGUUGCUAAUGAAGAGUACGAUAUUGAUGAUUAUAGUUAA